AUGCGCCGCAUGCCUUUUUUUUUUUUUUUUUUCGGUAGGUCGCCAGCUGAGGCGGUUUGUCAGUUUUGGGUCGCAGUAUGCCAGAAUUUUGAGGCUCCCUUCCGAUGAAAAUUGAGCUGUCGGUGCAGCCAUGGAACCCGGGUUACAGCAGUGAGGGGGCCACGGCUCAAGAAACUUACACAUGUCCAAAAAUGAUUGAGAUAGAGCAGGCAGAGGCCCAGCUUGCUGAGUUAGACCUGCUAGCCAGUAUGUUCCCUGGUGAGAAUGAGCUCAUAGUGAAUGACCAGCUGGCUGUAGCAGAACUGAAAGAUUGUAUUGAAAAGAAGACAAUGGAGGGGCGAUCUUCAAAAGUCUACUUUACUAUCAACAUGAACCUGGAUGUAUCUGAGGAAGCACUGGGGAUGUUUUCUCUGGCCUGUAUUCUUCCCUUUAAAUACCCGGCAGUUCUGCCUGAAAUUACUGUCAGAUCAGUAUUAUUGAGUAGAUCCCAGCAGACUCAGCUGAACACAGAUCUGACUGCAUUCCUGCAAAAACAUUGUCAUGGAGAUGUUUGUGUACUGAAUGCCACAGAGUGGGUUAGAGAGCAUGCCUCUGGCUAUGUCAGCAGAGACACUUCAUCUUCACCCACCACAGGAAGCACAGUCCAGUCAGCUGACCUCAUCUUCACGAGACUCUGGAUCUACAGCCAUCAUAUCUAUAACAAAUGCAAAAGAAAAAAUAUUCUAGAGUGGGCAAAGGAGCUUUCCCUGUCUGGGUUUAGCAUGCCUGGAAAACCUGGUGUUGUUUGUGUGGAAGGCCCACAAAGUGCCUGUGAAGAAUUCUGGUCAAGACUCAGAAAAUUAAACUGGAAGAGAAUUUUAAUUCGCCAUCGAGAAGACAUUCCUUUUGAUGGUACAAAUGAUGAAAUGGAAAGACAAAGGAAAUUUCCCAUUUUUGAAGAAAAAGUGUUCAGUGUUAAUGGAGCCAGGGGAAACCACAUGGACUUUGUGUUCAAGAUGUCAAAGCGAGGACAUGGUAGGUCCUCUGGUGUGAAAUUCCGGAUUUCCCUGGGUCUUCCAGUAGGAGCUGUGAUCAACUGUGCUGACAACACAGGAGCCAAAAACCUGUAUAUCAUUUCCAUGAAGGAGAUCAAGGGACAGCUGAACAGACUUUCUGCUGCUGGUGUGGGUGACAUGGUGAUGGCCACAGUCAAGAAGGGCAAACCAGAGCUCAGAAAAAUGGUACAUCCAGCAGCGGUCAUUUGACAACCAAAGUCAUACCGGAGAACAGAUGGUGUGUUUCUUUAUUUCGAAGAUAAUGCAGGGGUCAUAGUGAAUAAUAAAGGCAAAAUGAAAGGUUCUGCCAUUAUAGGACCAGUAGCAAAGGAGUAUGCAGACUUGUGGCCCUGGAUUGUGUCCAACGUUCGCAGCAUUGCAUGAUUCUCCAGUAGAUUAAAAAAAAAAGAAAAAGAAAAACUUUAAACCCAUUAAAAAGUAUUUGUGCCCCCUCCCCAAAAAAAUACAUCUUAAUAACAGUUGAAGGUAAAGUACCACCAAGUUUAAUAAAGAUUAAUUAAUGCUGA